AUGGCUCCAGAAAACACACAGCAAACUAACACCCCGCAGAUACAAUGCAAACAAGAUGAGGGCUUCGAGCCAAAUCCCGAACUGCUCAUGGCCGCCCGGCGCGGCGAUUGGCAGCAGCUAGAGCGUCUCCUCUGCAAAAAAGGAGACGCAGCGGCAGCAGCAGCGCCUCAGCCGGUGCCUACACUGGCGCAGCACGAUGACGUCGUCGUGCACGUCGAGGAACCUGCCACUGACGACGCCGUCGAUACUGCCGAGGUAUCAAUAUCAUCAGUAACGGCCCCCGCCGAGGCGGUCACCGUUGCCGGGGACUCCGUCCUCCACGUGGUAGCGUCGAGGGGAGACGGCGAGGAGUUCCUCGAGAGCGCGACGGUGGUCUACGGCAAGUCCAGCCACCUCCUCGGCACCCGGAACAAGAAUGGCGAUACUCCCCUGCACUGCGCCGCCCGGGCUGGAUGGGGUGGAAUGGUCACCCAUCUCGUGGCUCUUGCAAGCGCCGGGAAUGGCGACGGCCUUGAGAAGAUUAAGGUGAAGGCGAUCCUCAGAAUGCGAAACGAGCAGGGAGAGACGGUGCUACAUGAAGCGGUCCGUUUGGGUGACAGGGACAUGGUUGGCCGGCUGAUAACAGAGGACCCACAGUUGGCUCGUGUUCCCCCGGCCGACGGCGCCUCGCCGUUGUAUCUGGCCGUGUCGCUGGGUCACGACGCCAUUGCACGGCAGCUCUACGACAAAGACAAAGCGCUCUCCUACUCUGGACCAGGCGGGCGAACGGCUCUACAUGUGGCUGUUCUCAAGGGCAAAGAGACAACCAAAAUGUUAUUGGAAUGGAACAAUGAUCUCAUCAAACAAGGAGAGCGAUCCACUGGAAAGUCAAGGCGGUCUCCGUCUUGCUCCACGGCCGCCAUGACUGCGCCGAGCUGUGCGACGCCAAGGGCAGGACCUUCCUGCAUGUCGCUGUCGUUGAGGAUAGCCAGUCGGUUGUCACCUACGCCUGCAAAUUGCAGAGCCACAAGUUCGCGCCGUCGGUUCUUGAACAUGCAGGACAAGGAUGGCAACACCGCGCUACACCUCGCUGUUCGAUUCGGGAAUCUGUGGAUCUUCAAUCCUCUGAUGAAGAACUGCCUGGUCAAGCUGAAUCUGACAAACAGCAAGGGUCAAACACUGCUCGAUCUUUCAUGGAUCAUGACACCCGUGGGUGUUCAUUACGGACUGAACCCAAGAAUUAGGGUAUAUAAACUGCUACAAGAUGCCGGCGCUCAAAAUGGUACGUACAGAUGGGAUCUCUUCCACGAAGAACACAUUCCCAAGCUAGAACAAAAGGAAGAAGCGCAAAAGAUCACCGACUCAACGCAGACAAUCGGCAUCGGCUCCGUUCUGAUCGCGACGGUGGCGUUUGCUGCAGCCUUUGCCCUGCCCGGCGGCUAUCGAGCGGAUGACCAUCGCAACGGUGGCACGCCGACGCUCGCUGAGUACUACGCCUUCGACGUGUUCAUCAUCGCCAACACGCUGGCGUUCAUCUGCUCGGAUCUCUCCAUCACCAGCCUCAUGUACGCAGGGGUGGCUGCCGUCGAUAUACGCACCCGCAUGAUCUCCUUCGUCUUAUCAGCGACAUUCAUGGCAAGCUCCGCGACGAGACUCGGCGCCGCCUUCGCCUUCGGGUUGUGCGUGGUGCUGGCUCCGGUCGCGCGCACGACAGCGGUCGCGUCUUGCGCGAUCACGGCUCUUGCCUUGGUCGACGUUGCGUGGUUCAUCUGGGUGGUGGGCACCGGUGAGCUGAUGCUGCUGAAGAGGCUCGGGAUACGGGCAUGGUGGAGGCUGGCAUGGGCGAUUCUACUCACAUUGCUGCAAUAG